CCCAUACCCCGGGCCACUUCCCUGCUCCCUCCAGUAUCUGACCGCUGUCUCUUUACGGCCUGAGCGCGGUUAGCUGCUGUCACGAUGAGCCGCAUCUAUCACGACAGUGCCUUGCAGAAUAAGCCCGUACAUGAUGAGCGGGUGUCGGGAGACUGGCAGCCGGCAGUGUACCAGAGUGGACCAGGCAUUCUUCUGGAAGGGGAACUAGUGGAUUUCUCUCGCCAUGCCAUCACCGACAGCAAAGGAAAGAAGGAACGAUGGUACAUUCUUUACAUAAGACCAAACAAGAUACACCGGAGGAAGUUUGACAGUAAGGGAAAUGAAAUUGAGCCUAACUUCAGUGACACUAAGAAGGUGAACACAGGCUUUCUCUUGUCUUCUUACAAGGUGGAAGAAAAAGGUGAAUCAGAUAGACUGCAAACAGAGGAUAUGAAACGUCUAAUUAACAAGGAGGAGUUGAUGAAAAUCAGUCUGAAGUUCACCCCCAAAGAUGGCGUUGCACUUUGGCUGCCAGAGGCUGAAAUAGAGAAGACUGAACUGGAGUUUGGUGAACAGUUACGGGUGAAAACCUUGGGAGAUGGACCAUUUAUAUUUUCCUUGGCAAAAAUUGACAGUGGAACGGUGACAAAAUGUAAUUUUGCUGGAGAUGCUCAGACUGGGGCUUCCUGGACAGACAACAUUAUGGCCAAUAAAUCUGGCAGUGUUGAUCCUGCCCCUGAGGCACGUGGUCAAGGGGAUGGAGCUGAAGAUGAUGAAUGGGAUGAUUAAAGUACUCGCUGAUGGCUCGGUGCAGAACCAAAAAAACGACCAUGGCUGAUCAAAGCGACCAAACGCUCCAUAAUGUUCGGGUUGUUUGCUUACCACGUCCUCACACAACCAAUUGUUAUUUUCAACCAUGACACCACUUGCUGCCUUUUGCCGCUUCGGCACUGGCACAGCAAGUUUGGUCCUCCAUUUCUGCUACGAGUGCCCAUGAUUCAAGGGCAAGAACGCUCCAGAAAUAUACGCUUUUAUGCUUUAGGUAUAAAAAAGAUGGACUACUUUAGAUUCACUAAGAUGUAUGUGCCAGUGACUGGGUUACAACGUAUGGCAAAGUUCAUAUGUUGCAGGGGAAAAAAAGCGCCAAGGUGAUCUCCACUACAAAAUCCUUGGCGUUUCCAUUUAAAGCUUAGGCAGCAGACUGGUGCUGCAUUGCCUCGCCCAGGGUUUGGUCAUAUGGGGCGGAUACGCUGUAGAUUUUUUUUAGCAUUUAAAGUAGCAGCUAAGUAGAUGAGAAUUUACCGUUUCUCAUCAACACGCUGUGUGAAAGGUAGUCCACGUGGAUAUUCACUGCGAAUAUCACCCUUUGCAAUGCGUAGGGUUAAUUCUGUAGAAGAUGUGCAGCCACGGCCACAACCAAUCUACAUGCAACACGUGGAUUUAGUCACAAAGUCUGCAGUGUGAAUUCUGUAGAACAGGGAUCAGCGACCUUCGGCACUCCAGCUGCUUUGAAACUACAACUCCCAGCAUGCAACAUGCUCGGCUGUUCUUCUAACUCCCAUAGAAGUGAAUGAAGCAUUCUGGGAGUUGUAGUUUCAGAACAGCUGGAGUGCCGGAGGUUGCUGAUCCCUGCUGUUGAAAAUCCACCUUGUGUGCCAUACCUGGAGGCUGGCAUUUUACUGCCGCGUAGAAUCCUUUAUAUACAAUGUUGUGUUUACUUUUAGUUGACGACUCUGUAAUGAGGAACAUUUCUGUUUUGUGAACAUUCGAGGGGUGGGGAGUCUUUUAAACUGACGUGAAAGAAAACUGACUUAGGCUAGUUUCACACUAACGCUUGGACAUCCGGCAGGGAACAGCCUGCCGGAUCUCUCUGUAUUCCGGCAUUGCCCGAAGCUACAGCGUUGCUGUCCAGCCCCGGCUAUUAUGCUGGGACGAAAAACGCCAGCUCUUGGCAAUGCAGAGAGAUGUACAAGCGCUAGUGUGGAACUAGCCUUAGUUGUCCAUAGCUACCAAUCAGAUUCCAUCUUUCAAUUUCCAAAUGAGCUCUGAAAAGGAGAAUCUGAUUGCUUGCUAUGGGCAACUAAGCCAGUUUUCCUUUACACCAGUUUUGAUAAAUCUUCCCCACAGUAUUCUUUGUAUUCUAAACUUGGAAUAUAUAAAAAUGACACGGUUCCAGAAAAGAUGAUGAUGUAUCCGCACUACACUGUGUUUGUGUGAUAAUAACCUUUUAUAUUUUUCUGUAAAACUAUACAAAGUAAAUAAAUGUAUACACUCAACAGGA